CCGUCUCCUUCGGAUCGCGCGCGGCCACCACCACCCCCACCACUCCACCGGACUCCCCGAGCUAGCUAGCUCCGGCCACCCAUGUCGCUGGCGGCGCCGGCCACGGUGCGCCUGCAGAAGGAGGCCAAUGUCAACCAGAGCCUCUUCUGCUUCCAGACCAACUCCGGCGCCACCUCCUCCGGCGUCUUCGCCGGCGACGACCCCCUCAAGUUCUACUUCCCGCUCUUCCUCUACCACGUCUGCAUCGUCUUCGCCCUCUCCCGCGGCAUCCAGGCCGUGCUCCGCCGCGCCAACGUCCCGCUCGUCAUCUCCCAGAUCCUCGCCGGCACGCUUCUGGGCCCGUCGUUCCUCGGCCACCUGGUGCCGCGCGUCGGCGAGAUGUUCGCGACGCCGGAGGGGUGGGUGCUGAUCAACACGAUCGGCGGCUACGCCUUCACUCUCCACAUCUUCGUCAUCGGCGUCAAGACGGACCUCGGCAUGAUCGCCAAGUCCGGCAAGAAGGCCAUCGCGAUCGCCGUGUUCGGCACAGCCGCGCCACACCUCGCCAUGUACAUCGCCGGCCUCGCGCUGAAGGCGCGCGUGCCGGCGGCCUGGGCGGCCUCCUUCCUCAUCACCAACCUCACCUCGUGGUGGUCGCUCUCGGCGUUCAUCGUCGUCUGCUGCACGCUGCAGGACCUCAACCUCCUCUCCUCCAAGCUCGGCCGCCUCGCCAUGUCCGCCGCGCUCAUCGGCGACUUCGCGAACACCUUCUCCAUCGCCGGCGUCACCUCCUACCUCCUCACCGCGAGCCCCUCGGAGAAGCUCCAGCGGAUCGGCUUCGCCUCCGUGAUCGCCUUCACCACGUUCAUCGCAUUCAUGGCGCUCUUGGCGCGGCCGACCAUCCUGCGCCUGAUCCACGACGUGCCGGAGGGCGCGCUCCUCUCCGAGGCGCGCCUCGUCGGCGUGCUGCUCAUCUGCCUGACCUGCAGCUUCGCCGGCGAACUCCUCGGCCUGCACGCGACGUACGGGCCGUUCAUGCUGGGCCUGAUGCUCCCCGGCGGCGCCCCGCUGGGCGUGACCAUGGAGGAGCGGCUGGACCGGCUCGUCGCCGGCGUGCUGAUGCCGCUGCUGUUCGCGCAGGGAGGGAUGAGGAUGAACGUGCACAAGAUCACCGACGCCUCGACGUGCGUCCUCCUCGAGACGUUCCUCGUCGUCGGCGUCGUCUCCAAGUUCGUCGCGUCCGUGCUGCCGUGCCUCUACUGCCAUAUGCCCGUCCGGGAAGCCGUCGUCGUCGGGCUCAUGAUGAACUUCAAGGGCAUCACGGAGGUGGUGUACGCGUCGGCGUUCAUGGACGCCAAGGUGCUGGACGAUCAGGUGUACGCGGCGUUCAUGAUCAACGUGCUGGUCCUCGGCGCGGCCUCGGCGACGGCGGUGAAGUACAUGUACCACCCGGAGGAGAAGUACGUGGCGUACCGGCGGCGGACGGUGCAGCACAAGAAGCUCGGCGAGGAGCUGCGCGUGCUGGCGUGCAUCCACUCGCAGGGGGACGUCGGCCCGAUGCUGGCGCUGCUCGACGCGUCGUCCCCGACGCCGACGUCGCCGCUCGCCGUCUACCUCCUCCACCUGGUGCCGCUCGCCGGGCUGACCAGCUCCGUGCUCCGGCCGUUCAAGCACGGCGAGCGGAACUGCGUGCCGUCGGGCACCACCGACUCGGAGCGCGUCGUCAAAGCCUUCCAGUUCUUCGUGCAGCAGCGGCCGCCGGGCUCGGCGUCGCUGCUCCCCUACGUCUGCAUCGCGCCGUACGCCACCAUGCACGACGACGUCUGCGCCGUCGCGCUCGACAAGCGCGCCAUGCUCAUCGUCGUGCCCUUCCACAAGCGCCUCGCCAUCGACGGCUCCGUCGAGCCGACGUCGCACAACGCCGGCGCGAUCCAGGCGGCCAACAGCAACAUCCUGAACUACUCCCCCUGCUCCGUCGCCAUCCUCGUCGACCGUGGCAGCCUCGCCGCCGUCGCCACCGCCACCGCGGCCGAAGGCUUCCCCCACCGCGUCGCCCUCUACUUCCUCGGCGGGCCGGACGACCGGGAGGCGCUGGCGCUGGUGGCGCACAUGGCGGAGGACGCGGCGAUCGGGCUCAACGUGUUCCGGUUCAAACUGCCGCCGGAGUGGCAGAAGCGCGGCGGCGACGACGAGGAGGACCACCUCGACGAGGAGGAGCUGCAGGAGUUCGUACGGCGGGUCGACGACUCCCGCGUCUCCUACAGCGAGAACCUGGUGAGUGGCUCCGACGAGAUGGUGGCCGUCAUCCGGAAAACAAGCCCGGCGUUCAACCUGCUGGUGGUCGGCCGGCGAUCGGAGGGCCGCGAGUCGCCGCUGACGGCCGGCAUAUCGGACUGGAGCGAGCACCUGGAACUCGGCGUCCUUGGGGAUCUGCUCACGUCGACGGACUUCGGAUGCAAGGUGUCCACGCUGGUGGUGCAGCAGCAGACCAGGGCGGCGGCCGGAGAAUCCAGCCGGUCGCCGGAGUUGCCCGCACAACAGCACCCAUCAGGUGGACCUGUCUGACAAGCCAUCAAAUUAUCAAUCUCUAGUUGUAAGCAUAAUGUACUGUGUAGUAGUAACAUCUUGGUGGUUAGAAUGUAAUCGAUAGCAACAUGUUUUCCUACUCUCCU